GCUGUCAAUCGGGGAACAGGCGUACACGUGCCAGAGGGUGCAACGGAAAGGGCAAGUGCGGGUAGCGGUCGGUUAGCCGGGGGAUAAAACAGGCCCAAAGAAAAGAGUAAAAACUCGAUAAUACAUGCCGACAUCUUCCGUCCAGGUUUUAUUGUUUGACGUCCGCGGUCACGGCUCGAGUCGCUGCUCGGCGCGCGCAGGAGGACGACGACGGUUGGCUUGAAGAAGUAGCGCCAAGUUGACGAGACAUCCGGCCGACGGCAGGAGGGCGCCACACGGCGAGGACACCAAGAAAGUUCUCGGUCCCGGGCCUGGUGGUGUGUUCGGGCUUGUCGCUGUAGCGGCCAGGCGCACAUCAAAAUUAAGACAUAAAAGAGACUGAGCGGUGAAACGAAGCCGGACAGCAUGGCGGACUACCUGAUCAGCGGGCAGACCGGCUACGUCCCCGACGACGGGCUGACGGGACAGCAGCUGUUCAACGGGGGAGACGGACUCACCUACAACGAUUUCCUGAUCCUGCCAGGCUACAUUGACUUCACAUCUGACCAAGUGGACUUGACCUCGGCACUCACCAAGCAGAUCACCAUGAAAACUCCUCUAGUCUCUUCUCCCAUGGACACCGUCACAGAGGCCGGCAUGGCUAUUGCAAUGGCACUAACAGGAGGCAUCGGCUUCAUCCAUCACAACUGCACUCCAGAGUUCCAGGCCAACGAAGUUCGCAAAGUCAAGCGUUACGAGCAGGGCUUCAUCACAGAUCCCGUGGUGAUGAGCCCCAACGAGCGCGUACGGGACGUCUUCCAGGCCAAGGCGCGCCACGGCUUCUGCGGCAUCCCCAUCACAGACAACGGCAACAUGGGCGGCAAGCUGGUGGGCAUCAUCUCCUCCAGAGACAUCGACUUCCUGAAGGAGGAGGAGCAUGACCUGCCACUCAGCCAGGUGAUGACAAAGCGAGAGGAUUUAGUGGUUGCCCCUGCUGGAGUGACGCUGAAAGAAGCCAAUGAGAUCCUCCAGAGGAGUAAGAAAGGUAAGCUGCCCAUAGUGAAUGAAGAAGGCUCCCUGGUGGCCAUCAUCGCCCGCACAGACCUCAAGAAGAACAGAGACUUCCCUCUGGCCUCUAAAGACUCCCGUAAACAGCUGCUAUGUGGCGCUGCCAUCGGCACGCACAACGACGACAAGUAUCGGCUGGACCUGCUGGUGCAGAGCGGGGUGGAUGUGGUUGUACUGGACUCCUCUCAGGGGAACUCAAUCUUCCAGAUCAACAUGAUCAAAUACAUCAAAGAGAAAUACCCACACAUCCAGGUCAUUGGAGGCAAUGUUGUAACUGCGGCUCAGGCAAAGAACCUGAUUGAUGCAGGUGUGGACGGGCUGAGAGUGGGAAUGGGCAGCGGCUCCAUCUGUAUCACCCAGGAAGUGUUGGCGUGUGGCAGACCCCAGGCUACAGCUGUCUAUAAGGUGUCGGAGUACGCCAGGCGGUUCGGUGUGCCAGUCAUCGCUGACGGCGGCAUCCAGACGGUCGGGCACAUCGCCAAGGCCCUGGCACUGGGCGCGUCGACAGUGAUGAUGGGCUCUCUGCUGGCUGCUACCAGUGAGGCUCCGGGUGAAUAUUUCUUCUCAGAUGGCAUCAGGCUGAAGAAAUACCGUGGCAUGGGUUCCCUGGAUGCCAUGGACAAGAACCUGGGCUCUCAAACCAGAUACUUCAGUGAGUGUGAUAAGAUUAAGGUGGCCCAGGGUGUUUCUGGGGCGGUGCAGGACAAAGGCUCCAUCCACAAGUUUGUUCCUUACCUGCUGGCCGGCAUACAGCACUCCUGUCAGGACAUCGGAGCCAAGAGCCUAACACAGCUCAGAGCCAUGAUGUAUUCUGGAGAUCUGAAGUUUGAGAAGAGAACAGCAUCAGCUCAGAUGGAGGGUGGAGUCCACAGCCUACACAGUUAUGAGAAGCGUCUGUUUUAAAGAGGAGGUCAGCCUAGCAACCUGGACAAGAGUUCUUCAAACAGACACAUUAUGCAAACACUACUUAGUACUCGCCAUACCCUCCUAAUUACUGUGUACUGCACACACACACUGCUAAAUUAUACAGACUUGCCUGUCAGUGAAACAUACAGUAUGCCCCUCCACACACACAACUCUUCCCAGGAUCCAUCAGUCUUCCUGUCUGUUGUUCCCUAUGCAUUGUGUGUGUGUAUAUAUGUGUCUGUGUGUGAGUGAGUGAAGGAGAGCAAAGCAUUUAUCAGCCAGUACCUGUAUGUGUGUUUGUGUGUGACUGACUCCUCUGAAGGCUUCCAUGCUGUGAUGAAGUCAAAAUGUCCAAUGUGCCGACAUGUCCAAUUCAAGGUGAAAGAAAGUCGUCAAAUUAAUAAAACCUAUUUUUUUUCCACAA